AUUUUCCCCAGGUUCAUGCACCGGACCAACUUUGGCCCCUUCAACACAUGUUUCCAUCUCCACCUCACAACCAAAUUCCAUCUGAACUUCUCAUCAUCUUUUGUGUUCUUAUUUGCUGCUCAAAUCUCAAACAUACAUUCUCUUUGCUGCCCAAAAAAGCAUGGAACAUCAUCACUUCUAAGGUUAUAUGUUUAUCUUCAUCACUUCAGAAGAAGCUGGAUGCCCAUGAAAGCAUCUUACAUAAUGGAGCUUAAAUCUACCGCUGAUAUUGAAAAUGCCUCUUCAAAUCGGAGAGUGCGGCAUGAUUUCUGGCCACUUGAUGCAGUGGAUCCAAAGAAUGCGAGAUUCCCUUGCUGCAUUGUUUGGACACCUCUUCCAGUAGUUUCAUGGUUGGCUCCUUAUAUUGGUCAUCUUGGAAUUUGUCGAGAAGAUGGGGCUGUCGUGGACUUUGCAGGUUCAAAUAUUGUAAGCAUAGAUAAUUUUGCAUAUGGCAAAGUUGCCAGGUAUCUUCAGCUAGACAGGGAACAGUGUUGCUUUCCUCUCAAUAUUGCAAAGCACACCUGCGAGCAGGCCUACCAACACGUGGAGCGGGGAACAGCGACAUCGUGGGACAACGCACUGCAAGCAAGCAUGCAACAAUUCCAGCACAAGUGCUACAACCUCUUCACCUGCAACUGCCAUUCAUUUGUGGCCAACUGCAUGAACAGGCUCUGCUACGACCGAUCCUUGGGAUGGAACAUGAUAAAUUUAACUGCACUUGUGCUCUGGAGGGGGAAAUGGGUCGAUGGCAUGUCGGUAUUACGAUCAUUCUUUCCUUUCACCGUUGUACUGUGUGUUGGCCUUUUGAUUGCAGGAUGGCCAUUCCUAAUUGGUCUUGCAUCAUUCUCAUUUCUUCUAAUUGGAUGGUAUCUUUUCGGAACAUACUGUGUAAAAAAUCUGAUUCAAUGCUAGACUUGUUAUUGAAUUCUUUUGUUUUCAUAUUAAUGGCCGGAUACAAUAAUUAAGAUGCAGACUUAUAAAUUC